AUGACUUUGAAACUUGAAGGCAACAACAUUCUUGUGGAUGUUCCUCAAGUUGUUUGUCUCCCUUCCUUGAAGACCUUGCAACUUCUACGUGUGACUUAUUUGAAUGAAGAUUCUCUCCGGCUGCUUCUAUCAUCUUGCCCUGUUCUUGAAGAUUUGUGUAUUAAACUAGAAAGGGACGACAACAAGAGUGUAAUAGUUGUUAACGUCCCGUCUCUGCAGCGUUUAACCUUGCUAAUAGGUUCUGGAUGUUCUUCUGAUGGGUAUUCGAUAGUGAGCCCUUGUUUGAAGUAUCUCAAAAUUGUGGAUUACAGAUGUAUGCCCUCUUAUUUGAUUGAGCCUAUGCCAAAGCUGGAAGAGGCUGAUAUUGAGGUUAGGAAAGGUAUCGAGAAGAUUCUCGAAUCCAUCACAUCCGUCAGACGUCUUUCAUUACGCUCAUGGUUCAGCAGUGCAGAAGAGUCUGUGUAUCGUGCUGGUAUUGUAUUCAGUCAGCUUGAGCAUUUGAUGCUAUGUAUACACAGCAAGUAUUGGUCCAAGUUGCUUAUCUGGUUGCUCAGAAAUUCUCCUAAACUGCGAGUUCUCAACGUCUACGUCAUCCGUGGGAGUCUAGAAUAUGACCCGGUUGACUGGAAGAAUAUAGAGAGCUCUAUUCCUGAAUGUUUUUUGAGGAGUCUCGAAACCUUUGAGUUUGAAGGCAUGGGCACUCAAGAAGAGAGAGACUUCUGGAGAAUCUUCUUCAAACACGCCUCUUGCUUGAAGUCUACAUCAAUCAAUGGUCAUGCUACACAAUUUGGGGUUUAA